CAAAUAUGAAGGGGCCGUUGUGAUCUGUAUGCCGUUCCUUUUUGCCGGCAAAAUUCUCUUUCAAAAGUUGGUUUCCUUAUACAAAGUCCGAUCAAAUUUUGUUCUUCUAGACGCUUAUCUUCAACCCUAGCUUUCUAUAUUUCAAUUGUUGAUCUUCUUUUAUGGGCUGUCCAGAAACCGUUUAUUUUAUCUUCAUCUAAGAUUCUCUGCUUAUCUUUCUUUCUUCGAUCUAUCCCACUUUCUCUUCUUUGCUUUACACAAGCCAAGAAUCUAUCUAUUUCUCUAUCAGAAAAACUGUACCUUUCGUUACCCUUUCAGAGAUUCCCCCUUUCUUUUCUUCCUCAAACAAAUUAGCUUUUUAUCUACAAUGAUGCCAUUGUUCUUCUCCCCAUCUCGCUCUGCUAAUCUUCUUUUUUUUCUUUUUCAAACCACCCUUUCGGUCUCUAUCGCCAUCUUACUCCUUUUCCAGUUUCACCAUUCGUCUUUUCUCCUUCUUGAAAUCCCGGUGGCCAAACUAUACAUACAUCCCACAACCCACCAGUCAUGUCUUCUUCAGGGAACGUCACUCACCUCUCUCAGCCUUGUAUCUAUGGGGACUUUGUUUCUCCACACGCAGAGAGGAAGUCCGGUUUCAUGAAAUGGCUGAAUAAGCUUCUUAAAGGUGGAUCAAGUCGUGGUUCAGUCAGUGGUGGAAAUCCUCCUCAGUUUAUUGGAGAUGAAAGUAUGGUAUUACGUGCUCCUGUUAGAUCCUUGGACAACCGCACAAGAAGUGAUAAAGAAAAGGAAGAAUUAGAUCGAGCAAUUGCACUUUCUUUGGCUGAAGGUUUAAGGAAACCAAAUGGAUACGGGUGGCAACCAGGCAAUGAUAAUAAUGAUCUUGCAAAAUCACAUCAAGAUGACUUUCAUCCAUCAUACCCUCCAUAUGUACCCAUGGGAUAUAGGGUAUGUGGUGGAUGCAACCGUGAUAUUGGUUACAGCAAUUACCUGGGUUGCAUGGGGACAUUUUUUCAUCCAGAGUGCUUUUGUUGUCGUGCUUGUAGUUACCCAAUCACUGAACACGAGUUCUCUUUAUCAGGGAAAGAUGCAUACCAUAAGUCCUGCUUCAAAGAGUUGACUCAUCCCAAGUGUGAAGUCUGCUUUCAAUUUAUUCCCACAAAUGGAGCUGGAUUAAUCGAGUAUCGAUGCCACCCAUUUUGGUCACAGAAAUAUUGUCCAGCACAUGAACAUGAUAAUACAGCUCGAUGUUGUAGUUGUGAAAGACUUGAGUGUGUGAAUGUAAGAUACAUCUCAUUGGGAGAUGGAAGGAGUUUAUGUUUGGAGUGCAUGGAAUCUGCAAUAAUGGAUACAGGAGAUUGUCAACCACUUUAUCAUUCCAUUAGAGACUAUUAUGAAGGAAUGAACAUGAGACUUGAUCAACAAAUUCCAAUGCUUCUUGUUGAAAGACACGCCCUUAAUGAUGCUAUCGUAGGGGAGAAAAACGGGUUCCAUCAUUUGCCUGAGACAAGGGGUGUGUGUCUUUCUGAAGAACAGACUGUUCCAAGUAUAUUAAAAAGGCCGAGAGUUGGUGGUCAUCGAUUGGUGGGAAUGAGAACUCAUCAUCAGAAGCUGACCCGAAGAUGUGAAGUUACUGCCAUUCUUGCUUUGUAUGGUCUUCCAAGAUUACUAACUGGAGCCAUUCUUGCUCAUGAGUUGAUGCAUGGCUGGUUACGUCUUAAAGGUUACAGGAACCUAAAUCCUGAGGUUGAAGAAGGUAUUUGUCAAGUGCUUUCAUAUAUGUGGCUCGAAUCAGAGAUCAUGCCUGGAUUAAAAAACAUGCCAUCAUCAUCAUCAUCAUCAUCAUCAACAUCAAAGAAAGGUGGGAAAUCAAGAAACGAGAACAAAUUAGGUGAAUUUUUCAUGCAUCAAAUAGCUCAUGAUGCAUCACCAGCAUAUGGAGGAGGGUUUAGAGCUGCAAAUGCAGCUGUUAAUACAUAUGGCUUACGAAGAACACUGGAUCAUAUUCGCCUUACUGGAAACUUCCCUCUCUGAGUUUUGUUUUAUAAAUAAAUUAUUAUUUAUUUUUAAUCUGCUUUUUUUUUUCUUUGCACAAGUAGCUCUUGAGGAUCAAAGUGAUCGAAUGACACCAAGUUUUUAACUAUUUAUGGGGUCAUUUUGGAGAUAAAUGUGGAAGAAUAUCAGGAAAGUUGGUCUUGAUUACUUUUUUUUUAUAAACCUUAAAAGGAUUUAUUUCUGUAAUUGGUAUUGUGGGUUUCUGUUUUGAAAUUGUUUGUGAACUUUUGUGAUUUAUUAGGAUCUUUUUUUUUUCUUUUGAA